AUGGAGUUUUGGUCUAGCCCUCAGUUUCGCAUUUCUGGUGAAUGCAUGAAUAUAAGUAUAUGGGGAGAGUGCAGAGAAGAGAUCAUAGCGUACCUGCCCACUGAAACGUAUGCUUUAGAAUGCAAUAAGAGUUGGUAUCAUUCUGACUUCAGCUUGGGUACGUAUUGUAAAUCAUUAGUGCAACUACCUGUUAAAAUGUUUGACAGAGAUAGUUUCAGAGUAAAAUGGAAUUUCAGCGAAGGCUGUGAGCAUUGCAAGCCAUGGAAAAAGGAUUGUAUUUCGGACAACAGAAAUCUACGCAAUCGAGUUAAGAAGAUGUUCUUCUUCGACAAGGAAGUGCCUGGAAGGAAGCGUGAUAACCAGCGGUCUAUCUCCAAAGAGACAUUUCUAAACAGUUAUGUUGAUGAAAUGCAAACCAGAUAUUCGUAUUCCAGCCUUCAGAAGAUCACCAAUAACUUUGCACAUAAGCUGGGUGAAGGAGGGUUUGGCAUUGUUUAUAAAGGAAAGCUUCCAAGCGGUACUCUUGUGGCAGUUAAAAUGCUUGAUCACUCACGGCAAAGCGAGACUCAGUUCAUGAACGAAGUGGCGACUAUUGGAAGGAUUCAUCAUUUUCAUUUGGUUCAUUUGCUGGGGUAUUGCUUUGAAGGAGUUACAAGUGCACUCGUGUAUAAGUAUAUGGCAAAUGGAUCUCUCGACAAAAUUGCUUUGGGGGCUGCUCGCGGACUUGCAUAUCUUCAUAAUGAGUGUCACAAACGCAUCAUUCACUUCGACAUAAAACCGCACAAUAUAUUAUUGGAUGAGGAGUUUACAGCCAAAGUAGCUGAUUUUGGCCUGGCAAAACUGUGUGGAAGGAGAGAUGACCACGUAUCAGUGACGGCAGCGAGGGGUACACCAGGAUAUGUUGCACCAGAGGUGUGGUCUCGAAAUUUGGGACCUGUAACGGACAAAUCAGAUGUUUAUAGUUUUGGCAUGAUGUUAUUGGAGAUGGUGGGAGGAAGAAAUAAUGUUGAUGUACAGGUGAGCCGCUCAAGCCAAUUCUAUUUUCCUGAGUGGGCGUUUAAAUUGAUAGAGAAUGGGAAGCUGAGAACAAGGUUGAGAGAGAGAAUAAGUGGAGCAGAUGAGGUGAAGGCAAGGAGUCUGGCAAAAGUAGGUUUGUGGUGUAUUCAGUACAAUUCAGGUUGCGAUUGCCAUUCUGCUUCAAUGUAA